AUGGUGCAACACCUAACCCAUACUCGCAUUGUGCAGCUUCAUGAUGUUGUACCAGACGUGGGGAACCCCGUCGUGCAGGGCAUUGUCACAUUCUUCAGCAACUCUCCAUCGGCCGCGAACACGUUGCAGUGGACAUUCCAGGCACUGUGGGGGGUGGCGACAUCUCACAUUCAGCUCGCGUUUUGGCGCACUGGGUGCGUCCCGGACGAGUGGCUGCCUCGGCUUCAGGCGAUCAACCGCGACCUGCAUGUCGAGGUUGUGGAGCAGCUCGUCGUUAGCCUCACGAGCCUGCAGAGGAGGCUGGACCAGUUGGACAUCCCCGACUGCGUGAUGGAUGCAUUGGACUACGCAACUUGGGAUGACACCAUGGACGAGGAUACGGCCGAACGUUUUCCAGAGCCGGUCAUCCGUCGGACUGAUGAUUCAAGCUGUGUCGGCCGCGUCAAAUGGGACGACAGGAUUCGCCGCCGGUUCAUGCGUAUGGCAUCUGAUGCGUACACAAGGCUUGCUAGCGCGACGGGAGUAGCUCCGAGUGUCGUCGUCACGCUUAAGCGCUUGGGGAACCCGGACCUCGUUGACCGUCUGCUGCGCACACCAGAGAAGAAGGUUAGGAGGCAUUCAUACGCGCCUUCCUCGUCCAUGUCUUCCACGGCCAGCGAGGAGAUAUGCUUCAACUCCCCAACGGCAUCUCUGUCUAGUGUGCAUGGGGAUAUUGAGUAUGGGAUGUAG